AUGGAGGCUGAGAGAGAAAAAGGAAAAACAAAAGCAGAAUGGGAUUUAACCACACAUGCGAUUUUUGUUGAUCUUGCUGUACAACAACUCUGGGAGGCAUUAUUAAGAGGAGAGACUGGAAUUGGGUGGGAUACUGAAAGACAGACUAUAGAUGCUUCAAGUGAUUGGUGGGAGACAAAGUUACAAAAGUUUCCAGAUGCGGCCAAAUUUCGUGUGAAGGGUCUAGAGCACUCACUUAAGCUAGAUGAGUUGUUUCAAGAUGUGACCGCCACUGGAGCUAACUCUUGGGCACUUACUUCUGGAACCAUGCCUCUUUUGUAUAAUCAACCACCUACCAUGGAUGAUAAUGUUGAUGAGGGAGAACAUCCUGAAGAAAGUGAACAUGAGGAGACAAAAUGUAAAAAUGAUGGGAGAGCCUUAAAUCAAAAUAAAAAAGUACUCAACAAGAGAAAGAAGCAACUGUCUACGUCUAAAAAGUUAUCAAGGCAACUUGAUAAACUUUAUGAAGCUGUUAAAAACAGGGAUUCCUACAUACGAAUUGGUCCACCUGAAUGUUCUAUUAAAGAGGUUCUUAAUAAACUAAGUACACUUCCAGGUUGUGAAAAGGGGAGUCAACUUUUCAAUUUUGGGGUCAACUUCUUCGUAAAUCGAGCAUAUCGUGAGGUGUUUGUAGCUUUGGAGGACCCGGAGAGCCAACUUGCAUGGUUGAAUGCUCAAUAUAUAAAGUCAAGCAAUGCUGAUAUUUGA